ACCACUCUCCCUUCUUUCAGUUUGCAAAGCUCUUAUCGAUCCUUGCAAGUAUUCGCUCCUCGCGCGUGUUCAGCAGGGUAAACAUUGCAGACCCCGGGAAUCGGGACUGUACUUUUCGGGUGUAAAAGACGAUGUAUGUCAUCUUAGAUUAAAUGUGUUCGCACGAGACACGCCACAUCGUUCAAUGUUGACGAAGACUGGCUUUGAAAUUCCUAGACGGGAGAAUAAGAGACCCAGUGCAAGGAGCGCAAGCCGCGUUUGACAGGUGCCAUCGUUCGGCUCGGCUACGGAGAUGUCGCCUGUUCAGAGAACAAUGUCCGACCUCCGGUCCCGUGCGGAAGGUUAUGAGAAAACGGAAGAUGGGGGAUCUGAGAAGACCUCUCUAGCCGGCCAGGAGGACGCCAGACUCAUCUACAUCAAUCAACCUCAAUUUACCAAAUUCUGCUCCAACCGGGUCAGCACUGCGAAGUACAAUGUCCUCACCUUCCUGCCUCGCUUCCUCUACUCCCAGUUCAGGAGAGCGGCCAACUCCUUUUUUCUCUUCAUUGCACUCCUACAGCAAAUCCCAGAUGUGUCCCCCACCGGGCGCUGGACCACGUUGGUGCCCCUCCUCUUCAUCCUGGUGGUGGCAGCGGUCAAAGAGGUCAUUGAAGACUUGAAGCGGCACAAUGCGGACAGUGUGGUCAACAAAAAGGAAACACAAGUGCUGCGGAACGGCGCCUGGGAGAUUGUGCACUGGGAGAAGGCAGUGGUGGGCGAUAUAGUUAGAGUAAAUGGCAAAGAUAACAUUCCUGCAGACAUGAUUCUGCUAUCGUCCAGUGAGCCGCAAGGAAUGUGUUACAUCGAAACCUCCAACCUGGACGGGGAAACCAACCUGAAAAUCAGACAGGCUCUCCAUGUCACCUCUGAAAUCAAAGAGAUCGACAGCCUGAUGCGCUUGUCAGGCCGCAUGGAGUGUGAGAGCCCCAACAGGCACCUGUACGAGUUUGUGGGAAACCUGCGCCUGCAGGGGCACAGCACUGUUCCCCUUGGACCUGACCAGAUCCUCCUGAGGGGGGCACAGCUGCGGAACACCCAGUGGGUGCACGGCAUUGUGGUCUACACCGGCCACGACACCAAACUCAUGCAGAACUCCACGCGGCCGCCCCUGAAGCUGUCCAACGUGGAGCGCAUCACCAACUUCCAGAUCCUGGUGCUGUUCGGCUGCCUGCUGGGCAUCUCCCUGGUCUGCUCCAUCGGCCAGACCAUCUGGAAGUACUCCAUCGGCAACAACGCCUGGUACAUGGACCUCAACUAUGGUGGAGCGGCUAACUUUGGCCUCAACUUCCUGACCUUCAUCAUCCUCUUCAACAACCUCAUCCCCAUCAGCCUGCUGGUCACGCUGGAGGUCAUCAAGUUCGUGCAGGCCUUCUUCAUCAACUGGGACACUGACAUGCUAUACGAGGCCACCAACACCCCGGCCAUGGCACGCACCUCCAACCUGAAUGAGGAGCUGGGCCAGGUGAAAUAUAUUUUUUCGGACAAGACUGGGACCCUGACCUGCAAUGUAAUGCAGUUCAAGAAGUGCACUAUCGCCGGUGUUGCCUAUGGCCACACUCCUGAGCCAGAGGAAGGUGGUAUGGCUGAGGAGGACUGGCACAGCUCAGAGUCCUCGGAGGAGGCUGGGUUUAAUGACCCCAGCUUACUGGAGAACCUCCAAAGCAAUCAUCCGACGGCCCCUGUGAUCCUGGAGUUCAUGACCAUGAUGGCCAUCUGCCACACGGCCGUUCCCGAGCGAACCGACGACAAGAUUGUCUACCAGGCUGCCUCCCCUGAUGAGGGAGCCCUGGUACGAGCUGCCCGGAAUCUGGGCUUUGUGUUCUCUGGGAGAACGCCCAACAGCGUCAUUAUGGAAUCGUUGGGGGAGGAGGAGAAAUAUGAGCUGCUGCACGUGCUGGAAUUUACCAGUGUAAGGAAAAGAAUGUCUGUCAUCAUGCGCACUCCAGCCGGCCGGAUCCGCCUCUACUGCAAAGGAGCUGACACGGUCAUCUAUGAUCGGCUGGCUGACAGCUCCAGAUAUAAGGACAUCACCCUCAAACACCUGGAGCAGUUCGCCACCGAGGGUCUGAGGACUCUGUGUUUUGCGGUAGCUGACAUCAGUGAGUCGUCGUACCAGCAGUGGCUGGAGCUGUACCAGCGUGCCGCCACCUCUCUGCAGAACAGAGCCCUGAAGCUGGAGGAGAGCUAUGAGCUCAUCGAGAAGAAUCUGCAGCUACUGGGCGCCACGGCGAUUGAGGACAAGCUGCAGGACAAGGUGCCGGAGACCAUCGAGACGCUGAUGAAGGCCGACAUCAAGAUCUGGAUCCUGACCGGGGACAAGCAGGAGACCGCCAUCAACAUCGGCCACUCCUGCAAGCUGCUGACCAAGAACAUGGGCCUACUGGUGAUAAAUGAAGACACGCUCGACGCCACCAGAGAGACCUUGAGCCACCACUGCGGGAUGCUGGGAGACGCACUGCACAAGGAGAACGACUUCGCCCUCAUCAUCGACGGCAAGACGCUCAAGUAUGCCCUCACCUUCGGAGCUCGCCAGUACUUCCUGGACCUGGCCCUGUCGUGCAAGGCUGUCAUAUGCUGCAGAGUGUCCCCUCUGCAGAAGUCGGAGGUGGUGGAGAUGGUGAAGAAGCAGGUGCGCGUCAUCACUCUGGCUAUCGGUGACGGUGCCAACGACGUGGGCAUGAUCCAGACAGCACAUGUGGGCGUGGGCAUCAGUGGCAACGAGGGCCUGCAGGCUGCCAACUCCUCCGACUACUCCAUCGCACAGUUCAAGUACCUGAAGAACCUCCUGCUGGUCCACGGGGCCUGGAACUACAACCGCGUGGCCAAGUGCAUCCUCUACUGCUUCUACAAGAACAUCGUGCUCUACAUCAUUGAGAUCUGGUUUGCCUUCGUCAACGGCUUCUCCGGACAGAUCCUGUUUGAGCGCUGGUGCAUAGGCCUCUACAAUGUGAUCUUCACAGCUUUGCCUCCCCUGACUCUUGGCAUUUUUGAGCGAUCUUGCCGGAAGGAGAACAUGCUGAAGUAUCCUGAGCUCUAUAAAACAUCCCAGAAUGCAAUGGGCUUCAACACAAAGGUCUUCUGGGCACAUUGUCUGAACGGCCUGUUCCACUCUGUCAUCCUCUUCUGGUUCCCCCUCAAAGCCUUCCAGCACGACACGGUGUUUGGGAACGGAAAGACUCCAGACUAUCUCCUCCUGGGGAACAUGGUGUACACGUUUGUGGUGAUCACGGUGUGUCUGAAAGCUGGACUGGAGACCUCAUCCUGGACUACAUUCAGCCACAUAGCCAUCUGGGGCAGCAUCGGCCUGUGGGUGGUGUUCUUCGGCAUCUACUCCUCACUCUGGCCUCUCAUCCCCUUCGCUCCAGACAUGUCGGGAGAGGCCGACAUGAUGUUCAGUUCUGGCGUGUUCUGGAUGGGCCUGAUCUUCAUCCCCAUCACCUCGCUGGUCUUCGACGUGGCCUACAAAGUCAUGAAGAAGGUGUGCUUUAAGACCCUGGUGGACGAGGUUCAGGAGCUGGAGGCCCUGUCCAAGGACCCCGGGGCCGUGGUGCACGGAAAGAGUCUGACUGAGAGAGCGCAGCUUUUGAAGAAUGUCUUUAAGAAGAGCACAGUUAGUCUUUACCGUUCGGAUUCCAUGCAGCAAAACCUGCUCCACGGCUAUGCCUUCUCCCAGGACGAGAACGGCGUGGUGUCCCAGUCGGAGGUGAUCCGGGCCUACGACACCACCAAGCAGCGCACCAGCGAGUGGUGAGGAGACGCCCUGCACCCAGCCAAGGCCACCGAGCGAGCGAGCCAGCCAGCCAACGUCCACCAGUGGGGGGGUCUCCUACUCCUGCUGCCUUCUCCUCUCUGCUGUCUUCGGCAGCAGACCUUUUGUCUGGCCACCGGGGCCCUCGGAUUCACCUCAAGCCCCAAUGGAGGAGCCACGGGGUGUCUGGACUGUGUAUGUGUGUACUGUGAGUGUGUGUGCGUAUGUGUGCGUGCAUGUGCGUAUGUGUGCGUGCAUGGAAAAGUGUGUGUGUGUGUGGUUGUAUGUGUGUGGGGGGGUGUGCGCAUGUGUGCAUGUUUGUGUGUGUGUGCUUCAAGUGUGUACCGUCUCAGACACACCAUCCAGGCCGUCAUGACAACAACGGAGAAAACAAAAAACAGCUAUGAAGGAGAAUAGAGCUUAUGGAUUCUCAACAUCUUAGAAAAAAAGGGAAAAGCGAAGGAAAAUGUUGAAAUCAAAAGAAAAAAAUUAUAUUACAAAAAAAAUCUAUAUUGUCUGAAGUUUCUCUUCACUUACGCUGUUAGUUGUGUGUCCAGAAGAAAUGAUUACUACUGUGCUUGCAUCUUUUUUUGUUUUCUUCUUCUGCUGUAAUGUGGUUGUUUUGCAGUUGUGUUUCGUGGUCUGAGUGGCCUCCCCUUCUACUGAAUGAGAGGGGGAGGGUGGUGUCUACUACUGCUCUGAAAUGACUCUUCACAUAAGAAUUUACUUGAUUGUGAUGCCAAACUGUUGUCCCAAAAUUGAACGUUUCUUUGUUUUGUUGGGGUUUUGUUUUUUAUUUCUCGACGCUUUGGAGUUGUCCCGCUGAGGGACGUCACACUCGAUAUGUCUCACUCUGUUAAAAAUUCAAAACAAAUUUUCGUUUCAACGAGAACAAAAAACGAGAGUUUCCAGAAAGCACUCUCAGUGGAGACAGCCAAAGAACACAGUCCAGAAUGCAAUCUCGAUUUCCAACAUAAAAUCCGUACAUGUGCGUUUUUAAAAAAAACUGUCGACGCGUUCAAACGGCCAUGUCCUCGCUCGCGUCUCUCUGUCUUGGCACUGAACAGAUCACUGCACUCGCGCUUCGUUUUUUUGUUUUUUUUAAUUACUUUCCAUGUCGGACUCUUGCACUUGAUGGUCUACUGUCUUGAAGCCUUACAUUUGGUGUUGCCUUCAGCCAUAGUUACUUUAAUGUUGAUUUGUUUAUGCGUUUUUAAGUUCAGUUCAUUAAUAUUUAAUAGUUUGUUGGUAGAUUUUGUGCCACUUCAUUUGUCCUGCAGAAGUUAGUGGUUGUCACAUCAGCCAUCUUUGUUUGUUAUUAUUAUUUUGCAUAGCAUUGUUUUACUAGCUUUAAUUUAAUUUAAUUUAAUAGCUCUUUACUAUUAAUGUGCAUUCCAUGUGUUUUAUCGGCUGCGACGAUCACAAUGGUGCCUAACUAGCAGUUUAGGUUUCUGUUUUAUUUCCCUGCAAAGAAAGUAUUUCAGACUCAACACACUUAGCGUUAGCGUCGUCGCUCACUAUGUCCGUGAGACAAAGAUGUCCUCUUUGUCCCUCAAAAGACAGACAUGAUGGGAUCGUAUCCUGCACUGAGACACGCACGUGUCUCUAACAUGUAAUAUAUAGUAAAGGGGUGCCCUUACCAGCCGAUGGACAGACCCAACUCAAGUCUUUGUCCAGUUAACGUUAGAGUAACGUCGGCCGGGCCUAACCAACUACAGCGACUUUUACUUCAUCCCUGCUCUCUCCUUCAGAAUGGAGAAUCUAUCCUACAAACAUAAGUGCCAUUAGCUCGAGGGAAAACAAAACAAAAAGAAGAAGAAGAGAUAACCUGGAAAAUCCACACAGUAUUGGAAAUACUUUGUGUCGAUAGUUAUUUUGUGAAUUUGUAUUUUUAUAUUGGACGAGUAUGACUUUUCAGAUUGACCUGCUUUGUAAACGAAUUGUCCUUUUUUCCAGACAAUAACAGUGGUGAAUGAGGUGCUUGUUCUUUUUGUUUGUUUGUUUAUUUGUUUGUUUUAGUUUUCUGUAUGACUAAGAGGUCUGUAAUGUUAUUAAUGCUUCUAAUUGAUUUUCUAGUCCAAUGAUUGUGCGUUGUGUCGUUUUGGUUUCCUUCUCCCUGUGGGAGACAAGGUCGUGGCGUGAGUAACCAGCGGGUGUCGUUUGCAUGUGCAUGGCUGCGUUGGUUCGUUCGUUGGUUAAUUUGUGUGUUGAAGUGCGAGUGUGUGUGUGUGUGUGUGUGUGUGUGUGUGUGUGUGUGUGUGUGUGUGUGUGUGU